UUGCCUAAUAUGGUCACAGCGAGCCCGACCUGCACGGACAGGCACGCCGUUCUUCCCGCGACACUCAUCUAUCUCACUUACUCGUCCGGCCUCAACUGUUGACCCGAUCUACGUCCUGAACACACCGGUGGCUCGCACUGACACUCCCGUCCGUGCGCUUCCCACCCAUGGGCUGGAGUCCACAAUGCACCAGGAAGACAGUUUCAUCGUGCUGCCAGAAGCAUGACAGGAUCUCAGCAGGAUCAGCUGGCACGAAGCCAAUCCGAAGCCAAUCUUCCCCAUUUGCGGGCAAGGCCUCGGGCGAUAUGUCUUCGGGCGGUGCAUCAUCGGAAGUCGAGCUCCCGCUCAUGCUCCUCGUCAUCGCGACCGGACCGCCAGUCGCUGGGCAGAACUGCGCACGCCAUUAUUCUCGAAGAGAACAACUCUCUGUUUGCUUCCGUGACACGCCUUCCCGCCGCAAGACGCUGCAAGGGGACAAGCUCGGAAAGUGGCUUCCGAUUCGGCACGGUCGACGGGUGCAUUCUGAAUUUCUGACGUGCCUCGCGAGCCCCUGUGCAGUGUGCACAAUGACCGAGCACUCCGCAAGCCGACGCCGACUCGAGCGGAUGCAUUCUAUAUUCAGGCGCGGAACCAUCUGCACGUUAAUGCCCAUCUAUCACCAGGCCAGAUCACAUCGUCACACUCCCCGACUGCGAUGCGGCGCGCCGCCCUUCCCAGAUCUGCCGAGCCUAAGCGCAGGCACCUCACGAUCCAAUCGCGCCCGACCCGCGCAAGGACGUGUCAUCCCUGCCGUCCCAACCUUCUCCUCUAUGGUCUGCACUCAUUGUGGCUUUGUGGCGUAGAGCACCCUCGGCCGUCGCAGCGUAUCGCCACUGGUUCGCAACAGCGCCCGCUCCCUGACACUCCCUUCCACCAAUUUGCACCAACGGCGCAAGGACGCAUCUGCCGCCGUAGCAAUCCAGCCAAGCUGCCUGUGCGUUCAGCGGGUUCUCAGGCCAAGGCCACACCACAGUCAUGCGCCGGCAUAUCGCCCUCCUCGUCCUAUUUUUGUGAUCAUUCCAUUUGAUUGCGUUCCUCCAAGCGCGUUUGCCCGUGCCGCGACGUCGUCGAUAUCUGUCCGUUUAGGUUUGGU